AUGUCCCAAUUCCUAGUGGACAGAUAUGAAGCUGUGGAACGUCUCAACAGCAUAAAAACCACUAAAGAUUGUUUCACUCUAUCAGAUACACCCAAAUCUGAUAUACAGACAUACAUUUCCCAAGAAAAUUUAAACUUGUCGUGCAAGUUAUGCAAAGAAAACCACUCUUUGAGAAUAUGUCCAAAAUUUCGAGCCUUCACGGUACAGCAAAGAGUAGAUUAUGUAUUUAAAAAUAAAUUCUGCAAUAAUUGUCUAGCGUCAUCUCAUCUUAAAGCUAAUUGUAGAAGUAAAUACACUUGCCUACAAUGUAAAAAGCCUCAUCAUACUUUGCUUCAUAUGAAGCCAAAAAUACAACAUGCUACUCAAUCAGCAGAAAGAUCGCAAUAUAAAGACUCUGCAAUUAGUCACAACAAUCAAAAUCAAAAUUCUUCCACAAAUACUCAAAUUUCAAGAAUAAACCCACAAGAUGAAAUUCCUAGCACCUCAAGGCAAUUUCAAGCCAACUGCUCUACAUGCAGUGAAAAUAUAUUGCUGCGAACAGCAUUAAUGCAAAUAGAGCACAGAGGUGAACUUUUUACAAUUAGAGCGUUAAUUGAUCCCGGUUCUCAACGAACUUUUCUAACAGAAAGAAUUCGUAAUCGUAUUCAGUUACCCUAUGAAAAAUCUCAUUUCAAAAUCUACGGUAUUGGCGGACAAAGGCAAACGGCAAACAAAGAAUGCGAGCUUGUUUUGUACGCCAAAAGGUAUGACUUACGAAUCCCCAUUAAAGCUAUAGUGUUGCCAAAAGUAACAGAAGGACUUCCAGCGCACAAUUUUGAAAUACCGGACUCAACCGUUUUAAAAGAAUUAGAUCUAGCAGAUACAACAUUUAACAAAUCUUCUCAGAUAGAUCUAAUAUUAGGAAAUGAUUAUGAACACUCCAUAAAUAUUGAAGGUAUUAAGAAAAAUGUUUGUGGUCAAACAUCGGCCUAUAAUACUGUUUUUGGUUGGGUACUCAGUGGUCCCAUCAAAACCCAAACUAUCCAAACUUUUACCACUGCAGUCACACCAUGUGAAACUGCAGAUCUAAAUAAUACAUUAAAAAGGUUUUGGGAACAGGAAGAAAUUCCUACUUCUCAUCCAAAAGCCAUUGAACAUGACAUUUGUGAAAAGUUUUAUACUCAAACUACUACUCGACAAGAGAAUGGAAGGUACGUAGUUAGACUACCAUUCAAAUCAGAAUUUCCCGACAAAGUUUCCCUAGGCUCAUCUAGAUAUAUUGCAUUAGCUCAAUAUUCCAGCCUAGAGAAAACACUCGCAAAAGAUCCAGAACUUCAAGCUCAAUAUAAAUCAGUUCUGAAUGAUUAUAUAACCCUAGAUCACAUGGAAGAAACUUCUUCCAGUGAAAUUGUAUCUAAAGAUAAAUAUUAUUCCUUUUACUUACCACACCACGCAGUAGUUCGACCAGAACACAAAACAACCAAAUUAAGAAUCGUAUUUAACGCAUCAAGAAAAUCAAAAUCAAAAAUCUCGCUCAAUGAUGUGUUACAUACAGGUCCCACUCUGCAAAACGACUUAAUUACUAUAAUCCUUAAUUGGAGAAAAUACCAAUAUGUGUUUAGUGGAGAUAUAGAAAAAAUGUAUCGCCAAAUACUUGUUCACCCUUCAGAUAGAUCUUUUCAAAGAAUAUUAUUUCAAAAUGAGUCAGAUGAUCCAAUUAAAGAUUAUCAAUUAAAAACCGUCACUUUUGGCAUAAAUUGUGCUCCUUAUCUCGCGAUUCGGACACUUCUUCAACUCGCAUCAGAUUCCGAAUUAGAAUAUCCUAGAGCAGCAUCAGUUCUGCGAACAGAAACUUAUGUCGAUGACAUUCUCUCAGGAGGUUAUACGAUUGAAGAAGCUCUUUCUGCCCAAACUGAACUUAUAAAAACAUUAAACUCAGCAAGGUUCCCAUUAAGGAAAAUCACUGCAAAUGAUCCUAGAUUGCUUUCUCACAUUCCAAAAGAGGAUUUAUAUGACUCAGAUUUUCUUCGCUUCCACGAUGCAAGCUCUACCAAAACACUUGAUAUUAAGUGGAAUGCGCUCUCAGACUCAUUUUCCUAUAAUUUUGAUCCAUUUGAACAAGCUACAAAAAUAUCUAAGCGUCAGAUUCUUUCAUCAGUGGCAAAAUUGUUUGAUCCAGCUGGAUGGCUCGCACCUAUUGUUAUAAGGGCAAAAACACUCAUUCAACAACUAUGGUUGGAAUGCCUAGAAUGGGAUGAAGAUGUAUCACAAGAAUCUCUACAAAAGUGGAAUGAACUUGUACAAGAUCUGUCUCAAGUGACAAUAAUUUCGAUCUCUCGAUGGAUACAAUAUAAUCCCUCAGACAAGAUUCAAUUGCAUGGAUUCUCAGAUGCUUCCAAAAUAGCAUAUUGUGCCACAAUUUAUUUGCGGUGUCAGACUAGAUCCCAAACUACGUUCAUUAAUUUGUUAGUAGCGAAAAGUAAAGUUGCCCCUAUUCAAACUGUUUCUCUGCCACGUUUGGAACUAAGUGGCGCAGUUCUCCUAGCGAAUCUCGUCAAUUAUGUUACUUCAUCAUUUAAAAUCAAUACUGAAGAGAUUCAUUUGUGGACUGAUUCCUCCAUAACGCUAGGUUGGCUCUCAAAACCUCCUUCGACAUGGGAAACAUAUGUCGCUAACAGAAUAGCCCAAAUUCACAGAUUAGUGUCAGAUGCAAAAUGGCAUCAUGUCCCCUCUCACGAUAACCCAGCAGAUCUUGGUACCCGUGGUUGCAAGCCCCAAGAUCUAGCACACAAUUCUCUAUGGUGGCAUGGACCAUCAUGGCUUACUAAACCCUCAACAGAGUGGCCAAAAAGAAAUCCACUUAAAACUUUAGAUAUAUUAAAAAAUGAAACCCAAUCCCUACAUACAGAAGUUCAAGACAGUGAAAUUUUGAGUAGAUUCUAA